CAGCUAAUGCAGGAUCCCUGAGCUCUGUGUGGCCAGGGAUCAGGGCGAGGCUUGGGCUCCACGCAGGCCCACAUGCCCGAGAGAGACCACCGGGUGAGGGACUUGGGGGACGGAGCUCCGAUCCUCACUGUGGGCCUGCUCGGGGGCAGCUGCUCUCUGCACACCUGUGCACACCUGUGUGUGCCACGGGGGCCCACGCUUCCUGUCCCGGUCCCAGGGUGCUGUCCGUCCUGCUCCCCAAGGGGCCGCACUGCUGGUCUGGGCCCAUUCCCAGACUUGGCCAAUGGCAAUGGCUCACUGGUGCUGGGUGCCCUGUGGCCACGCUCCUUUGUGCCAUCCUUUAGGGCAGCAGGAGGGCGUAGCCACUUUCUGAGGUUGUGAGGCCAGCCUCCAGGUUCUCCCCCUCCCAGUAGUGAGGAGUGGGGAGCAGUGGGGCUGCCACAGGGGCUGCUUCCCACUGCUCCAGCCUGAGGGUCACAGCCUGGGCACCGCAACUUCCCUGCCAUGACUCAGAGGCCGGCCCCCCUCACUGUCACGGGCCUCACUGCACCAGACAGGUCAAGUCCGGGGUGGGGGGGGCGGUCCUGCCGUGAGGAGCGGGGAGAGACAUUGGCCUGUUCCCUCCCUGGGAUCCCUCCAGGGGACCUUCUGCUAGGUCCAAACAGACCUCUGGUCCAUCCCUUUGUCUUUGUGCCCAUCUCCCAAUUUACGCUUCGUCCCUCGGGAAGGCUGAGCCUGUGCCUUGUUGGAGUUCCCAGUCAACCGCCAGAGCGAGCGUGGGUCAGGGUGAUCCGCACAGACGCCUGCGUGGGGGGAGGGGGCCCCUUCCAACGCCACAGUCCUGUCCUGCCUGGCUCAGGGACCCACGCCCCUGGCUUGAGUUUGCGGGCUGGCUAGGAGAGGAGCAUCUCAGAAUGGAUGAACCGAAAAGAAAAGGCACAGGGUGGCGGCGGGACAGGCUGUGCAUAAUUCAGGGGGUCUGCACUCGUCGAGGGGCGGUCACAGCUUGCGGGGCGCGGGGGUACGCGUCUCUGUCCAGGUCCGUUCCCGGAGGCCUCCAGCACAACCCCGAGCUGUGAUCGGUAUGACCAGAGCCAGGCGCUGGGGGGGUAGGCGCCAGGGGCGCGCGAGGAGCUCGGGAGGGGGCUCCGGAGGGUGCGGCCGGGCGUGUGGACGCACGGGGAGUCGCCCGCGCUGGGCGGCCAGGGGCGCGCGAUCGGGGGCGGCGACGCGGUGGGCUGGGGUGGGGACUGAGUCCCGAGUCCCGGGGCGCGGGGCGUGCGCGUGGGGCUGCUGCGUCCGUCCCGCGGGGACCUCGGGUGCCACGGUGGGGCGCGCGUCAGAGACCGUGCAACUGCUGUCGGCGGUGACGUGCGGCGGGGGCGGGACCAGGUGCGCCCCCUCCCCCAGCCUCCCGGAAGCGCGCCGCCGCGGGGCAUUGUGGGCAGUGUGGUCCCUUCUAGCGCCAAGCAGCGGAGGCCGCGAGCGCUCAGAAGCCAUGGGAGUCCAGGAAGUAGAAAGAAGAAGCUGGUGAGCUUGCUGGGUUCUGGUGUCUGAGACUUCCGCCCCGGGAUUCGGGGGAUGCCAGUCCCAGAAAUAAACACAGGAGGAAGGAAGAACAGCCGGAUGCAUCUGACUGUAGUAGUUCCCCUUGCUGAGCGAGGCCCAGGCCUGUGUUGAAAUCACGGUACUGGGGUGAAGUCUUACUCUGCCCUCGGUGGCCCCUGGGGGUUCUCUGUCCCCGUCACUGACCCCUGUACUGUGGUCUGGUGUGUGCCUGGCCCGGCAGGUCCUCCUCUGCCACGUCCUCUGGGCCAUCGCGGGCGUGACUGCUCCUCCUCUGGGUCUGGCACUUGGACACGCCAGGUGCUGUGGCACCGUGAGAAGCAGGCCGUCAGACCUUGCGGGGGAGGUGCACGCAGCGCAGCAAUCGCAGCCGGCGCCGUGAGCACGUGAGAUGAGCCCAGUGUCCCCGGGGACCUGGCUCUUAAAUUGCAUUUAGUUUUCGUUACUUAACAUUUACGGGCCCCACGUGGUUGGCAGCCACUCUAUGGGAGCUGCAGCCCUGGAGCCCCCAGAAGUGGUGACAGCGUGGCCUGGCUGGGCCUGGCUCCUGGAUCGCCACAAGCUCCAGGUACAGCGUCCCCUUCGGUCUCCUGCAGGGCUGUCGGGGGCCUGGGCAGCAUGGCGCUCUCCGGCCUGGAGGUGGAGAAGCAGGUGCCGGCGGAUCCCAGGCCGGGCCACAAGCUGCAGUCCUGGUGGAGCCUGGCGUUCUGCCUCUGCUUCUACGGCUUCAUGUCCCAGAUGCGGCCCGGGGAGAGCUUCAUCACGCCCUACCUCCUGGGCCCCGACAAGAACUUCACGCAGAAGCAGGUCACCAACGAGAUCACGCCGGUGCUGUCCUACUCCUACCUGGCAGUGCUGGUGCCCGUCUUCCUGCUGACCGACUACCUGCGCUACAAGCCGGUGCUGCUGCUGCAGGGCCUGAGCUACGUGUCCGUGUGGCUCCUGCUGCUGUUCGGCUCGUCCGUGCUGCACAUGCAGUUCAUGGAGUUCUUCUUCAGCAUCACCAUGGCGGCCCGCAUCGCCUACUCCUCCUACAUCUUCUCACUGGUGCCCCCCGCCUGCUACCAGCGCAUGGCCGGCUACUCGCGGGCCUCCGUGCUGCUGGGCGUCUUCGCCAGCUCGGUGCUGGGCCAGCUGCUGGUCACGGUGGGCGGGACCCCCUUCUCCACGCUCAACUACAUCUCGCUGGUUUUCCUCGCCUUCAGCCUGGUCCUCACGCUCUUCCUGAAGCGCCCCAAGCGCAGCCUCUUCUUCAACCGCGGCGCGCCCGCCUGUGCCGGGGCCUCGCCCUCCGAGCUGGACCCGAUGAACCUGGGCCAAGUUCAGCCCACGGGUGGGAAGCCGGGCCAGCUGCCGGCCUCCUGGCGGGACUCGGCGCUCGCGCACAUGCUCCGCGAGCUGGGCCACACCGCGCGGCUGCCGCAGCUGCGCCUCUGGUCCCUCUGGUGGGUCUUCAACUCCGCCGGCUACUACCUGAUCGUCUACUACGUGCACAUCCUGUGGAACGUGGUCAACCCCACCACGGACACCACAAGGGUCUACAACGGCGGGGCGGAUGCCGCCUCCACUCUGCUCGGUGCCAUCACUUCCUUUGCCGCCGGCUUCGUGAGGAUCCGUUGGGCGCUGUGGGCUAAGCUGAUCAUCGCGGUGGUGACGGUGCUGCAGGCUGGGCUCAUCUUCCUCAUGUACAAGACUAGCAACAUCUGGCUGUGCUACUCGGCCUUCGUGCUCUUCCGUGGCUCCCACCAGCUCCUGGUGCCCAUCGCCACUUUUCAGAUCGCGUCUUCUCUUUCUCAAGAGCUCCGCGCCCUUGUCUUCGGAGUCAACACGUUCCUCGCCACUGUUCUCAAGACCAUCAUCACCCUCGUUGUCUCCGACAAGCGGGGCCUGGGCCUCCCAGUCCGCUCUCAGUUCCUCAUCUACUUUGUGUACUUCCUGGUGCUGUUUGUCGCCUAUGUCCUUGCGGCCUUGCUGUCGGGCCUGCGCCACUUCCGACAGGGCCGCCACCAGCCCCUGCCGCCGGCCCAGGAGCUGAUGAGCCCGGUGCAGGAGCAGGCUGUGCAGGACGGGCCCGCCCCAGAGGACGGCGUGUGGGCCGUGGGGGAGCAGCCCGAGGCCAAGGCCUGACCCUGCCCGGCCUGCUCUCCUGGCCGGUGGGCGGCCAGGUUCCUGAUGCCAGAGGCAGCCGAGCCUGGGCCUUGACCUCAGAGCUGACACGUCCCCAGCAGCUGCCUGUCAUCUGGGUGUCAGCGGACGGGUUUCCAGCAUCGUCCACAUCGUCAGAUUGUGGCGCUGGUGACUGACGGGACCCCGGUGCUCUGUCCCCGAGACCCAUGCCUCAGGGGCCUCCAGCCUCCGCAGGGGUCCUUGGCUCACCCCGAGCAGGGCACCCCUCAGGCCUGCUUCACGCCCUGGCCAUGACCCGCGGCCUCCCGGGGACGCCCAGGCAGCUGCCCGGCCACCGGGGGCUGGUUUGCUGUCCCUGCCUACACGUGGCCGGUGGGGGGUCCACGUGCCCGCCAGACCUCUCUGCUUUCACCCCCUUGUCCCGGGGAAAUGGCAAGGUGGUCCCAGAUGCGAGCCCGGGGGACCCGGUGCCCACGGGGUGUCCCGGGCCCUGGGGGUGGGGGCCGUGUUCCGGAGCCUGUGGCUGAACUGUGACAUCUGCAGUUGUCCAGGUACUUUCGUUGUAAACGAUGCUCUGUUCCUUUUUUAAAAAAACUGACAAAAAUGA